UCAUUGAGUAUUGGCGUUUGAUUCAGCCAAUAGUCACAGAGAAGAAAACAUGACCGCGAGCUAUUCAACCAAUAGGGUGUCAGUGGGCGGGACUACACGCCCAGCUAACGUAAGCGUUGUUAGUAGGAAGAAGAAGCCGAUUCUGGAAGCCAUUACGUUGCGCACAUCAAUUGAGUAAAUCCUACUAUUUUUGCGUACAAUACGCACAAUUACUUCAACAAAAGAGGAAUUUCCGCAAUAAUGGCAUCGAUUGCGAAAAAGAGAAAAAUGAAUUUCUCGGAGAGAGAGGUGGAAAUUAUUGUAGAAGAAAUAGAGAAACAAAAACACACACUGGUUAACCACUUCAAUGCUGGAGUCACGCACAUGGCCAAGAAUAACGCGUGGGUGGACAUCCUGAGAAAGGUCAACGCGGUCACCACCUGUCCGCGAGAGCUGCCCGAGGUCAAGAAGAAGUGGUCCGACAUGAAGACGGAGGUCCGGCGGAAGGUGGCCCAGGCGCGGGCUGCGAUCGAGGGGACGUCCAGCGACUGCACCCCGGUCCCCGUCAUCCUCACCGCCAUGCAGCAGAGGAUCUGUAACCUGCUGGGGGAGGCCACCAUCAUCAGCCUCCCCGCCGGGGACUCGGAUGCUGAGCUCAGCCUCCCCGGAGCCGCGACCACCGCCACCAGCGUCACACUGGCGGACACUCUGCCAGCUGGCUCGGGAACAGUCUGUGAGGAAGCAAAGACAACGAAUGCCGAAACAACUUACCACACCCUGGAGGAUGGAGGUGUGGUGGAGUACUGCACCACCACUGUAAGCGACUCCACUCCCACUGUGGUGGCGGCCGUUGAGGCUACAGCGGAGAUGUUGGCCUCAUCCUCAGCUUCCCCGCCUCCUCCUCAGGGCCAGGCCAAACCUCAGGAGCUGAAGAGCCGCAUUGCCCUCAACUCCGCCCGCCUGCUGCAGGAGCAGAGAGUCACCAACGUUCACAUCCGACAGAUCGCCCAGCACCUGGAGGGCCAGAACGAGCUGCUGCACAUGAUGCGGCGCUCCCAAGAGGCUCAGGCCUUCGCCCAAGAAAGACAGGCCCAGGCCCUGGAAGGUACCCAGGCUGCCCUGCUAGCACUAGUUCAGAUGCUCCGGCCCGCGCUCAAAGACCUGCGCAAGUUCCUACAGAGUGGGAAUGAGGUGGCAAACCCCAGCAGCUCGGCAGCAGCAGGAGGAGCAGCAGCUGACGGGGCUGGAACGGAGGAGCAGAGCAGGCCCAAAACACCUGUGUGAAGAUGAACACACCUCUACGUGUGUGUGUGUGUGUGUGUGUGUGUGUGUGUGUGUGUGUGUGUGUGUGUGUGUGUGUGUGUGUGUGUGUGUGUGUGUGUGUGUGUGUGUGUGUGUGUGUGUGUGUGUGUGUGUGUGUGUGUGUGUGUGUGUGUGUGUGUGUGUGUGUGUGUGUGUGUGUGUGUGUGUGUGUGUGUGUGUGUGUGUGUGUGUGUGUGUGUUGUACAUAGAAGAGUCCAUGCACACGGACUUCAGAAAUCAAGUAAAAGCUUGUCAAAAGUUGCCUUGGGGUGAGCAUGUGCAGAAUUUUACUUAUGUUUUAUGAUUCAGAAAAACAGUGAAAAAGUUAUCUUGAAAAUAUUUUUUUACUUUUUACCAUCUGUCAUUAAUGAGCAGCGUGUUUAUGUUAUUUAAUACAUUGAAUAUAAUAUUGAAAUGAGGGUUUUAAUGCAAAGCUGCUGUGGGCUGAACAUUUAAUUCUUAGUUCUUCAAGUCAUCCAGCAGUUUACCCUGAAGCAGAAUAAUGAGUCUUGUUUUUAAGACCAGAGUCAGACGGGGUCUUCAGUUAUUGUGUCUUCAGAACUGAAUAAAAUAUGAAAGGAAA